AUAUAUAUAUAUAUAUAUAUAUAUAUAUAUAUAUAUAUAUAUAUAUAUAGUCAUAAAAUUCAAAACCCCAGAAGCCGCGAGUCGUCAUUUCUUCUUCUUCAAGCUUUUUGAUCAUCGCAGAUAUGGUGGCACCAUUUAUAGCAGGUGUUGCAGUAGCUGCUGCUGCUUAUGCUGGCAGAUACAGCAUCCAGGCUUGGCAAGCGUUCAAGGCAAGACCACCAACAGCUAGGCUUCGCCGAUUUUAUGAUGGUGGCUUUCAUCCUGUCAUGACGAAAAGGGAAGCAGCUCUAAUACUUGGAGUCAGAGAAAGUACUUCGGUGGACAAGGUUAAGGAAGCACAUCGGAGAGUUAUGGUUGCAAAUCAUCCUGAUGCAGGUGGUAGUCAUUACCUUGCUUCUAAAGUAAACGAGGCAAAAGAUCUUUUGCUUGGAAAAACAAAGGUCGGUGGGUCUGCAUUCUGAUGCUAUUGAUUUAUCGUAUCUCAGCUAGAUCACGCAAUAGUUUAGCAGUCAAAAUGGAGGGGUUGAUCAUCCUGAUGCAGGUGGUAUUCAUUACCUUGCUUCUAAAGUAAACGAGGCAAAAGAUCUUUUGCUUGGAAAAACAAAGGUCGGUGGGUCUGCAUUCUGAUGCUAUUGAUUUAUUGUAUCUCAGCUAGAUCACGCAAUAGUUUAGCAGUCAAAAUGGAGGGGUUGAAUCCUUGCAAGCUCGUGCAGAUUCAUAAAAUUGCAGUAAUUCCUCAUUAGAAAAUUUGUGGGUCGUUGUUCAAUAUAUCCUUUUAGGAUCCUACAGAUGUAUGAUAACCUUACUUUAAAGUUAAAUAUUUUAAUAUAUUUUUAUAUGAAUUUGUUGAAUUAA